AUGGGAUCCACCCAAGAGAUGCACAAUAUGGAGGAGACCCGGGCCCCUACCCUGCAGGGUGUGAUGUGGGUUAUGGCGAUAGUGCCUCUGAUUUUCGUGACCAUGCGUAUUUAUGUGCGAGUUUGCUUGAGGCGUGUUUUUGGAUGGGAUGAUUUUAUUAUUAUCGUCGCAACAGCUCUCCUCAUUGCGUAUGCUGCCGUAUGCCAAGUCGCUACCAACCGGGGCCUUGGAAAACAUCUUUUAGUCGUCGAGGAGAACCCAGAUGAUCUUAUAGCAGUAGCUUUGCUUUGCGAUAUUGGCGAAGCUUUGGCAAUUAUGGCCUGUGCUCUGGGGAAAACAUCAUUUGCGGUGACGCUCUUGCGAAUCGUAGUAAAGAGAUGGAUGAUAGUACUACUAUGGUUUGUUAUUAUCACCAUGAACGUUGUCAAUAUCUUAACCGCGUUCUUCGUCUUUCUUCAAUGCAAAGACCCUCGACAUUUGUGGAACCCUGCUAUACCAUCCAAAUGCUGGCCUUCGCAUGUCUUCACAGAUUAUUCUUUGUUUGUGGGAGCCUACUCUGGUGCCCAGGAUUUUGUUCUCGCCCUUCUUCCCUGGGCAAUCGUUUGGAAUCUUCAAAUGAGAAAGAAGGAAAAGAUCGGAGUAGCACUUGCUAUGAGUUUGGGUAUCUUCGCGGGUGCGGCUUCCAUUGUCAAAACAAUUUACUUGGUGGCCCUUUCGGCUAAAGCAGAUUUUACCUGGGAACUUGCUCCAUUGCUCUACUGGGCUGGGGUUGAAGAUGGUCUAGCCAUAACCGCAGCUUCAAUCCCAGCAUUGAAGCCCUUGCUGAUGCGGAUAUUCCCCAGCCCCUCCGCAAACGAAAACUACAACAUGAUUUCAUAUCCACCGAAGCCUGGUAAGGGGAAAAUCUUUGACAAGAUCUUUGACAGUUCCCAGGGGGAGCACAAGGUAGAGAUCGACAUUGCACAUCCAGGACUUCACAACAAAGAAAGUCAAACAGCCAUUCUGCAGCCCCAGUCACCUACGAAAAGGACUGAGAGUAUAAACCUUACAACAGAACUCUCAGUGACGUAUACACGUUCUCCGUGA